CUCCGCGUCCGCGUCCGCCUCCGAAACCGGUAAAGGUCCCUGCUCUUCACAGUGCUGGUGUUCUGUUCUAUGACAACAUCUACUUUCCAGACAUCAAGGUGUCAACGCUUGAGAGACAAAUGUAGCACAAUUCGUAAAUGUGAAAGUAUCUGGAAAUCUAUUGAAAGUGUUUGUAGCAUUCCAGGUAAUAGCUGCGCAAUGCAAGAAUCAGAGAACUGUCAUAGAGUCGUCAAGUUCUUGGUUACUGAGUUACCAGAAUUUAAACACUGCAAUUGCACUAAAGAUGCCUGUGAUAUCCAAAUGUUGCUUGGAAAAGAAUGUUUGGGCAAUCAAGGAAAGCCAGAGCUUUCAUCAGCCCCAGAUAUUCAGAUUAGAUUCCCGCAGCCAACAAAACUGAAAGAGAUUGCAUACCCAGGCAUUUUUGAAGAGGACUGUGCAAUGGACUUCAAGGAAAAGGAUCAUAAAAACACAGAAGCAGAGUGGGAGUCGUCCCCUCUUUCUAAUGCUGAAUACAAACCACAGCACUCCUGCUUUCGUGUGCAAGAAGAAUGUGUGAGUGACACAAAAUGUAACAAGCAAUUCUCUGCCUACCUUAGCGAUUGCCAAGUGCGUCAAACACCAUGCCGCGUGGAUCAAUGCAAAAGAGCACUAAGAAACUUCUACCUAAACAUGCCUUUUAAUGUCGCCCAGAAGUUGACAUUCUGUGACUGUGAAGAGUUGGAUGAAAACUGUCUUCACUCAAAAGAGCUGCUUCAUGGCAAGCUGUGCACUGACUUAGUUCCAGCUCGUUCAUGUCACAGCUUGUUUCAAACAUGUCAAGCUAACAGGCUCUGCCAGGAGAAAUACAAAGUGUUUACAUCAAAGUGUUUAAACGAUAUCUCCCAAUCAUGUCUUGAAAAUAAGAGCUGCGUAAAAUAUUUGGACACCAAGGAUUUUAAUUGCUCUGAUAGUGAUGAGUGCAGAAGAGCUUAUAUUGACAUGUGGGGAAUCCUCCGUCCUGUGAAGUGUACUUAUGAUGUGAGAUCACCUGUGGAACAAUCGUCAUCAUUCAAGCUGUUUUAUCAUAUCAUCCAAAGCCAUUCUUGCUUCAGUCAAAUAGCAGGGAGAAAAGCUGAGAAUUGGCCAUUAUUUACAGAACUACCGGAAACAAAGUCUUCUGCAACACAAAAGAAGUCCUUUUUUGAUGGUGACACGCUCUAUGUUGCUAUGUAUUCAUGUUGCACAAUUCUUAUCCUGGGAUUAGUUUUGCUGGCUUUACUUAAAACCAGAGAUUUUGCAAAGCAGGCUAAGAACCCAUCACCUGCUCAUCUAUCAGAGAGGCUUAUGAUUCCUCAGCAACCAUGGGUCGUCAACUGUGUGGAUAACAAUCUUUCAGGCUCCUCUUGCAGCCAACCCCUUACAAUUCUAUCAUGAAAGACCUCUUGAAAAAAUGACUAACAUUAUACUCUUCUGCCUCUUCAUCAAGUGCUUAGCAUCUCAUUAUAUGAGAGAGCACCCAGAGAGUACGAUUUCACCAUGUAUUGUUUGCUGCAAUAUCAUGAUGAUGUGCAUUGAGACCUUGUGCAUGAUGUACUGCCGGGGAGCUGUCUGAGGUUGGAACUACA